GACUGUAAGAGUGUGCCGUGUAGAAAACCAAAAAAGCUAUAACAUGUCAUCUGAGGUCUAUGAUUGCAUCGUUAUUGGAGCUGGGAUUCAGGGUUCAUGCACCGCUUAUCAUCUCGCCAAAAACCAAAAGAAAACUCUACUUUUGGAACAGUUUGUCCUGCCUCACUCUCGUGGGAGCUCCCAUGGCCAGACACGGAUCAUCCGGAAGUCCUAUCCAGAGGAUUUCUAUAUCCACAUGAUGACAGAGACCUACCAGCUGUGGGCUCAGAUGGAAAAAGAGGCUGGAGUGCAGUUAUUCAGGCGUACGGGACUCCUGGUCUUGGGACCUGAGAACGGGGACUACAAGAAGAUAAAGGCAAACCUGCAACAACACAAAGUUCCCAUAGUGCUCCUAGAGAAGGAAGAGUUUAACAAGCACAUCCCAAACAUGAACCUGACCCCCGGGGACGGGGCGCUGGUCGACACCACGGCCGGGUUGCUGUACGCGGACAGAGCCCUCAGAUCUGCACAGAGACUGUUCCAGUCGUACGGCGGCGUGAUAAAAGACGGGCAGAAAGUGACUGACAUUAACCCCGGCUCUGUGGUCACCGUGGCGACGGCGUCUGGGACAUACAGGGGGAGGAGCGUUGUGAUUACGGCCGGUCCCUGGGCCAACACGCUGCUGGCUAACGUCGGCCUGGAGUUACCGCUGCAGGUAGUGAAGAUUAACGUGUGUUACUGGGGAGAGAAAGUCCCCGGCUCCUACCACAUCAGUCGUCGCUUCCCCUGUUUCGUUCAGGUGGAGUCCAAGGAGAGCAAGCAUCAUAUCUAUGGCUUUCCAUCCAAUGAGUAUCCAGGACUGAUGAAAGUCUGUUACCAUGCUGGCAGUGAGACAAAUCCAGACUUCAGAGACAAACAGACGGACAAAACGGACAUUGAUAUUAUCUCACGUUACAUCGCCCGCUGUUUUCCAGCCCUGGAGCCCAUCCCUGCUGUUGUGGAGACCUGUUUGUAUACGAACACACCAGACACUCAUUUUGUGUUGGACCGACAUCCAACCCACAGCAACAUCAUCAUUGGAGCAGGAUUUUCAGGCCAUGGCUUCAAGUUCGGUCCACUCAUCGGGAAGAUCCUGUACGAGUUGAGCAUGGGCCAGGCCCCUUCCUAUGACCUUUCACCUUUCCGCAUCGCAAGAUUCCAGCACCGUCAAAAAUCUGCUUUAUGAGUGGCUUACCCUUUUUGUAAAUCCACACAGCUGUCAACACACAGCUACAUGAUAUUCCUAAUUCCAGCCAAAGCUAAUCACAAAGCAGAAAUUCAGUGCAUAAGAGUAAAGUGGUAAAGAUGAUAUUGCCAAAUCUAUAAAUUGUGCAUGUAACAGAUUGGUGUGGGCUUCAAUGAAUAGUGUCCAGCAGGCUGAGCAGACUAUUUUAGUAACAGAGAUUGAGGAUGAGAGCGUGGUUACGAGAGAGGGAAAAAUGACAAAUCAAUAAUCACAAAGGCACUGAUCAAAGCAUCGUCUCACGCAGAGACAUGAAGCUCGUAUGCCACGAAUCUGCAGCUGUCAUGACAAAGGGACCCGCCAGACAAAUCAAAAAUGAUUCUGUAACAGAACCGCACGAUUUUGUACACAUUCAUCUGUGCGAAGAAAAAAAAAAAAAGAAAGAAAGAAGGAACGAAGAGCAUUACGGUUCAGGAGUGCACUUUGUCAGCCUUUCCAUGAUUCCAUGCUUUAUCUGCUCUCUCCUACAAACCACAAACCAAGAGUGGGCCCUUAACCAGACAAAGCUACAUUGUUAAAAAGACAUCAACCGUUGGGCCAUUUAUCUCAGGACAGCCAGCUGAGUGCAGCACUACCUCCUGCAUAUAUUCUCUCUCCACAUAAACAUGUUAAUCACAAAUCAGGCGGCUUUGCUCCAGUGGAGGGGCCGACUAUGCCGUCAUCCGUGGGAAUGAGGAAAUUAUACUGUAGAACAGCAGGGGGCAUGGGGGUCAGUCAUUCUCUGUGCUGUAAGUGGCUCUGUAUUGAUGGUGCUAAAGUAUUAAAGAAUGCAUUAAAAUGUCA